AGCCCAACAAUAGGAUUCGUGUAAAAAGAACUAUUGGUCUAGGAGAUAGAAAAAGACGAGUUUUCUGAAUGGAAGAAUCAAAGAAACAAACUCCAUCACAAUCUGAACAAUUGAAGGUGCAAACUGAAGUUUUUUAUGCGUACAAGCACUUUGAUUCAGCUCCUAAUCAUGUGCAAAACCAAUGGUUAACACUUCAGCGUUAUAAUCAUAUUGAGUAUUUAACUAAAGGUCUCGAACAUCUUGGACCUGGGUUCUGUUGUUUAGAUGCUAAUCGACCUUGGCUAUGUUAUUGGAUACUUCAUUCAAUUGCUUUACUGGGAGAGUCUGUGGAUUGUGAUCUGGAGGAUAAUGCUAUUGAUUUUCUAAGUCAUUGUCAGGACCCUGAUGGUGGCUACGGUGGUGGACCUGGGCAGAUCCGCUGCGUUUGUUAUACACAGUUAAAUCUACCGCUGCCCCAUCUAGCAACAACUUAUGCUGCGGUAAAUUCACUGAUUACUCUGGGUGGCGACAAGGCACUAUCAUCUAUUAAUAGACAUAAACUGCACAACUUCCUGCUGAGGAUGAAAGUUUCAUCUGGUGGAUUUAGAAUGCACGAUGCAGGUGAAAUUGAUGUUAGGGCUUGUUAUACUGCCAUUUCUGUAGCAAGUAUAUUAAACAUUUUGGAUGAGGAGCUAACUGAAAACGUCGGAAAUUACAUUCUAAGCUGUCAGACUUAUGAAGGUGGUAUUGCUGGGGAGCCUGGCACUGAAGCUCAUGUUUCUUGUUGCAAUAGGUACACCUUUUGUGGGUUGGCGACGAUGAUUUUGAUUAAUGAAGUUGAUCGGUUGGACUUGCUUAGUCUAAUUGACUGGAUGGCAUUUCGUCAAGGGGUUGAAAGUGGAUUUCAAGGUAGAACAAACAAAUUAGUCGACGGUUGUUAUUCGUUUUGGCAGGGGGGUGCAAUGGCCUUACUUCAAAGAUUAUCUUCUCUUAUUGAUGCUCAAAUGAGGUCUUCAUUCAUUGGAGAAGGAGAACAAACCACAGGGAGAACAAAAGCUUCUGUCAAAUUUGAGUCUGGAGGAGGAAGCGCGUCAGCUGGAAGUCCUGCUCAAGGCAAUCUUUCAGAUGCUGGGUUAUCAUUUCUGAAUAGAUCGGCAGAAGCAGAUCCUUUCUUCGACACCAUUGGUCUGCAGCGAUACAUACUUUUAUGUUCUCAGGAUCCACAUGGAGGGCUCAAGGAUAAACCUGGAAAGCAUCGAGAUUACUACCACACGUGUUAUUGCCUCAGCGGCCUCUCUGUGUGUCAGCAUAGCUGGUCAAAGACUGCCAAAUCUCAACCCUUGCCGCCUGCAAUUUCUGGUCCCUAUACCAACCUAUUGGAGCCCAUCCAACCACUUUUCAACGUUGUAAUAGAUAAGUAUCAUCAGGCUAAUGAUUUUUUUUCUGUUUCUUACUAAUAUCUUGUAAACAGCUUGGUGAAGUGGAUACAGAUAUGUGUAUAAUUGCAGUCAGGUUUAUUAUAGUUCUCCUUGGUUGCAA